CCGCUAUCCUAUCAUUCCCAACACAAGAGCCUGUUUAUUCCUGAACACUGUUUAUGUGGCCGCUCCGCUCGUUUUUUGUAGUGCAAGUGCUUUCUCCUUUUUCACGUGUGCACGCACGUCUUUCAAUCCCACCUCCGCUAUCGCCUAUCCCACCCGUGCUUCUUUCCAUUUCUCCAACCUCGAAACGCGUCCUCCCCCCCCCCAAAUGGAUGAUAUCCCGACCAUUACCCUUCAUUCCGAUUUCGGAUAUGUGAUCCUGACGGUUGUCUUCGCCGUCUUGGCGCAUCAAUGGAUGGCAAUGUUUAAGGUUAUGGAGGCACGAAAGGAGUAUAAUGUUCCUUAUCCCACAUUGUAUGCUGACAAGCAUGAGAAUAAAUACGCCGACAAGUUUAAUUGUGUCCAGAGAGGACAUCAGAACUCAUUGGAAUCGCUUCCCCAGUUCUUUGUCCUAUUGCUUCUUUCUGGUAUUCAGUUUCCUUAUGUUACAGCCUUGGUGGGCACAAUCUUUGUGAUUGGACGGAUUCUGUAUUUUAUUGGCUACUCAUCUGGCAACCCAGCUGGCCGUCUGGCAGGAGCGCCAUUCUAUGCGUUUCCUUUCAUGGCGCUCCUGGGUAUGUGCAUUCACAUCGCGGUAAGGGUUUUGCGAACGUGACGUCGGAGAGACGUUCCAUCAUCCAUGCCACUUGGAGCAUACUGGAGGGAGCAGGACAAGUAAGGGCUAAGCUAGCGGUAGUAGGGGAGGUUUUCGAUGGCGAACAGUGGGCAGUCGGCCAUGAAGUUGUUUUUGCCUCUUCCAGUCCUGUUCAUACCAAUGGACAAUAUCCAGGUGGCUGUCGAUUCAGAGUCGAGUGGUGCCUGUUAUAGGGUGCGCCGGGUAGCAGCUUGUUAUUGGAUUCCUAAGGGGAUCAUCAUUCAUUGAUCACCUAAAGCUGGUGGAGAUUGUCGUUCGUGUCUCUCUACUCCUUCGCUAUGCGUGCGAUUCAUACGACUCGAUGAGUGUCAAUUAAAAAAGAAACAGUUGAUUGAACAUAAGUGGGUUCUCUGUUCUCAACUAUUCAAGCCUGGGGGAAAAAAAAAAAAAAAAAAAGAGCCGGGGAAGAGAUCUCUUGCAAAAUGUUUUUUUGUAAUCCAUGCGAUUUCAUUGUUGCCUCUGCAUCUA